UUGAAAAGCCAGGUGUCAAAAUGACCGAGCGCUUUGACUGCCAGCACUGCAAGGAAUCUCUCUUUGGCAAGAAGUACCUCCUGAGAGAGGAAAGCCCCUACUGUGUGCCGUGCUUUGAGAGCAUCUAUGCCAACACCUGCGAGGAGUGUGCGAAGCCCAUUGGCUGCGACUGCAAGGACUUGUCCUACAAGGACCGGCACUGGCAUGAGGCCUGCUUCCACUGCUCGCAGUGCAAGAGCUCGCUGGUGGACAAACCCUUUGCUGCCAAGGAGGACCAGCUGCUCUGUACGGACUGCUAUUCCAACGAGUACUCGUCCAAGUGCCAGGAAUGCAAGAAGACCAUCAUGCCAGGUACUCGCAAGAUGGAGUACAAGGGCAGCAGCUGGCAUGAGACCUGCUUCAUCUGCCACCGCUGCCAGCAGCCAAUUGGAACCAAGAGUUUCAUCCCCAAAGAUAACCAGAAUUUCUGUGUGCCUUGCUAUGAGAAACAACAUGCCCUGCAGUGUGUGCAGUGCAAAAAGUACUCCCUCCCCUUCCUCAUGCGGGAUUCUUUUUCUCUGUUGACAGGACUUGGUGGCACAAAGUACAUCUCCUUCGAGGAACGGCAGUGGCACAACGACUGCUUUAACUGUAAGAAGUGCUCCCUGUCACUGGUGGGGCGCGGCUUCCUCACAGAAAGGGACGACAUCCUGUGCCCUGACUGUGGGAAGGACAUCUGAAGUCUACACAGGCACAUUCCUGCUUGUGAUCUCACACACAGAUUUAUGUAUUUUCUUUCUCAACAAGGCAGUGUUGUGCUCUGGUUUCCACCAGCCACGUCGAAACUUUCCUCUUGUGCUUCUCACCGAUACUCACGCUGUUUAAACUCUUUCAUGCUUUGUACUAGCUCAGUCCUGGGGAAGGGGAAAACCCUCGUGUAAACCCUAGAGGGGAAGAUGAUUUGCAAUUUUUGUAAUCAAGUAAGGCAAAUCCAAGUGUAAAAAUCCUUUUGAAUGAUGUCUUUAUAAAUGUAUCUUUCUUUUCACUGUGUAUUUAAUUUUUAAGUGCAAUUAACACAUGUCACGAACUUGAAAGUUUUCCAAACUAUAUAAGGUAAUGAAGAAUUGGUAUUUACAGCUCUAUAACUUCUUAUCAUGUAAAACCGAAAGCAAGAUGAUGUGACUUACAAUAAAGCUGUUCAGAACAAAA